AUGCGGCAGUACGAACCGGACGACGCCGAGGAUUCGGACUCGGAGACGCGCGCGACGCGCGAGCGCGCGCGUAGAGACGCGUUCGAGCGCGAAGUUGACGCCGAGCUGGGAACGGCGAGCGAGAGCGAGAGCGAUGACGAACGCUCGUGGGAGGCGUUCUGGCGACGAUCGACGGCGGCGAACGCGGCGAGGAUGCGACGCGCGGGUUUAGAUCCGACCGCGGCGGAGGUGCGGGAGGCGUACGGGCGUCGUGGGCAAAAGUUGGACCGAGGACGACCUCGCGAGGAGACGCUUUUUUGUUUCGGAUGCGACGGCGCGUGCGGCGACACGUUUGAGUGCGCGCAGUGUCUGGAGAUUUACCGUCGCGCGUUCUUUUGUUCGUGCGAGUGUUACGUCGCAAACUGGGAUGCACACAAGUGUCGACACGCGCCGAGUACGGCGGGACCGACGCUCAAGGAUGGCAACGUGCACAAGUUCGAGUCGCCGAUCGGAAACGGGGCGCUGUGGCACGCGACGGAGCUGCGACGCGUCGAGUUCGAAGAGUGCGUGCCACCUAGAGAGUAUAAAUAA